UAUCUCUGGGUGAACACUCUUUGCAUUAUUCAGGGCAGUGGCCAAGAUUUUUCACGAGAGGUCUCUUAGAUGGGAUCAACCUAUGUGAAGUCUUUACUUACAAUCGCGGCAUCCGACUCUAUUGAUUGUAACGUGGGUUGUCUUGGGCAUCGACAACCACUCCAGGUGGAAGAUUGUCAAGUUUUCGAUGACGGCGAAAGUACCAUGUUCUUCGCUGGAACUGACCACGACAACUCGGAGCAUCACCUCAAAGAUCGGCAUCUUGACACUCAAGCUUGGGUUUAUCAAGAACGUAUGAUGUCCCCACGAACGAUCCACUUUCGUGGGAGUGAGAUCAUAUGGGAAUGUCGAGAGCGGCUUACGUGUCAGCGUUGCGCUGUGAGCCUGCAGCCGUCGAGGGACAUCUGGAACGAGAUACUGUCUGUUUACACCAAAGCUCAGUUAAGCAACGAGGACGACAUACUGAGUGCAUUGGCGGGUAUGGUCCAGCUUCUAAAUCGUCACACCAAUUACGAGAACAGCUUUGGGCUGUGGCUCCCAUUCUUCCUGGAUCAGCUGCUCUGGUGCUACUGGUCAAAUCAACGAGGGGCUUGGUGAGAUCGUAAAGCCACACCCGGACUUCCAUCAUGGUCGUGGGUCAGUGUUCGAGGCGGGG